CCUCAGUUCCCCAAAAUCAAAAGAAAAAGAAGAAAAGUCUAUAAAAAAUGGAAACUCUUGAAUCCCAUAAUAUGUGAACCUCAGUCUGCUAAUCAAGCAUGCCAGAAAAAUGUAAAAGAUCAUGAAAAGGAAAUCAAAGGAGACACCUCAGAGGCUGUGUUUCAUCAAACUGGGGCAUUAGGGAAAUCUAAGGAAAAUGGAGAUGAGCAGACAUCCGCUUCUAUGAAUGAAAAGCAGAAUUCCUCUUUUCUCCCUAAAGAUAAGAAGUGACCUCCAUCUGAGAGCCAAAUAAGUAGGGAGAAGGAAAAGGAUGAUUCUCCUCCAUCCAUUUCUCAUCACCUAAAGAAAGUCUUACCAGUGGUCACGUUUAAUGACUGUGAAGAAUCAUUAUCAGGAAAAAUUACACUGCAGAAUUUCCCAAACACAGCAGAAGGCUUUAAACCAGCAAAGGGAAAAACUAUUACACCAGUAAAAUGUGGGGAUUUCAAUGUUCAAGUAGCACACAAAAACAGAUCUUUCUGUAAAACAGAAAUGCAGCUCCCAGCAAAAAAGAGAUGUCCAAAAUGUCACCAGUGUUAUCCUGUCAGACGUAUUCAAAGAUGUUAUUCCUCUAGAAGCUGCUCUUCUAAGUACAAGACUAUUUUGAUAGAAGAAAUAAAAUCUGAGGCUCCAUCUAAAUAUGAAGGAGAAACUGCCAGAACAGAAAGCCCCUCACUGAAAGUUAGCAUUGUAGGAAAAGGAAUUAAAGUUAAAUACAUGAGUAAGAAGCAGAAUAUAAUAAUUAACAUAAUUCAUCCUAAAAUAGGGGGGGAAACAGCCAAAUACAGAAAUGCUUCCUCUUAUCACAGCACUAAAGAAUGUCCCAGGUCUUCUGCACAGUCAGGUAUCAGUCUGCCUGAAAAGUGCCAGCUUGGAAACAAGCAUCAGAGUUCAGGUUGUCCUCACGUCUCUUCUGUUGUAUUUGCUGCCCAGAAGGAGGACAAUCAUGAACAGCUGUGCUUUCUCUAUGCUCAGCCCCCGAGAGGAAGAAUGAGCUAGACACACUAUCUUCAGUCUUGGAUGCCUGUGAGUUAGAACCUGCCAUCUCUCAGCAGAAGGACUUUAAAAUUGGUCAGAACACCCCAGAGAAGCAUUUCUUUGAAUCUGAGGCUCUUCUUAAAAACAUUUUUCCUAUUUCACAUGAUGCCCUAAAAACCACAAGUUUAAGUGAAACAGACUUAAGUAAAAUGCGUUUUGAGGAUCCUAAAGAUAUAGAUAAAGACAGAAAAAUCAACUUUGACAUCCCAGAAAAUGCCACAGCAGACUCAUAUAUACAGCAAAGCACAGAAGGAAUAAAUUAUUUGCCAUGUACCAUUACUAACAUCUUUCCAGUUCAAGAUGGUAAAGACUCUGACUUUUAUUCUUCAUCUUCUCUGAAUGCGAAGCACAUAGGAGAAAAGGCAGCCAACAUUUAUUGCAAAGGCAGCAAAAUUGCACCUGCAGAAUACUGUGAGAACUCCAAUUCCAAAUCUUUCCCUUCCAGUCAAAAAACCUUGAAGCCUUCCACCCCAUCCUGUCCGUCCCACAGGGCCACCAGACAUUCAGAACCUAAAGAAACCCCUGGGGAUACAUUUUCCUUUGAUCACUGUGCAGGAUUUGUGAUAGACUUUGAGGAAGAGCAAGUUGAUGUGACUGACAGAAAUUUUAACAAAGCCAUUUUGCAUAGCGACUCUCAUACAAAUGCACAGCAACUAUCGGAAAUGAAGAGCACACAGUGUCCAAUUCCCAGCCUUGCAUCCUCCAGUGGGCUCACUGCUGGGAGCCCACUCAACAGGAGCAACCACAGCUCUGUGCAGUGGGGUCAUACAGAGUCCCAGGCAAGUCAUGCAGAGACAGCCGCCUCCAGCAACACAAAAGUGUCAGUCAUGACCUCAAUAACUUAUGAGUUAGAGCAAAGAUUAAUUAUUCAAAAUGUUAAAGAAGGUACGGUUGAUCCUAAUUGUCCCAUGGGAAUGAAAAACCUUAAAGAGUCACCCAGCUUUCUGGGAAAUGUUGAAAGGAACAAGUUCCUCAUAAGGCCAGUGGUAAAGAACACAUGCCACAGAGAUUUUGAAAACCUAUCAAAUGAGAAUCAUGAUGAAGUCUGCUUUCAAAUGGAUUUUCCACCAAACACUGCUGAGUUCAACUCUGCAGGGUGCGCUACAGAUAAUCUGUUUCUUACUGAGAAACCAAUGACCAGUGAUGCAGACCACUGCAGUAAUCAAGAUGAAAUAAACCCUGGACUAACCAGUUUUAAACAGGAGGCAGCAGAGUGCCGAAGGAUUGCAUCAAUAAGGCCAAAUUGUGAAGGCGAUAAAAACGACCCACAGGAAAAUUACUAUCACCAAAUAGACACACUGCUUUCACCUCAGAAGCAGAAGGCUGUGAAAGGUAUGGUGUGCUACACAAAAUCUUUCACGCUUUUUAUUUUUACAUGUUUGAGCUUUGGAAAGUCUUAAUGUGAGGGCUUUUUUUAUUGCUUGGGAUUUUUUUCUUUAUCAUUGAAGAAAUAUUGAGUAUUUUAGAGUUAGAUGAAUAUGGGCAAGCAUAUAUCACCCACUCCACCCAUAAAUAGUGCAUAACAAAAUCACCAAGGCUACAGUUUAAUAUAAAGUAAAAAGAAAAAUCAAUUUCUCUUUAAAAGGUUGAUGUAUUGCCAAAUCAAUUUUGUAGGAGACAUUAGCCUUUUGCCACUCUUAAAUAAUCUGCCUUUUCUUUCCUUCUUGCAAGCUAAGCAUGUUUAGAAGAAUAGGAAAAAUGUGUUUUUGAUAAAAUGUGUUUUUAAACCUUGCUGUGGUGUCACAGAAGCAUGGUAUACAUGUCUCAGGAGGCCAUAUGGAAUAGUAAUUAAAGCAAAGGACGAAAACCAGAAAUGGCCAUAGCUAAUCCUGGCUGAGCCGUCCAUGGGGCCUCUGAACUCCGGCAGACCUCUGACCCGCCUUGUGCAUUGGCUGGCCCUGCUCAGAUCCUUGACAGAACCCAGAAACCCUCCAGCCUUCAAGAAGGCUAAGAUGGGAGCUUUUUCCUAAGUACAUACUCCUGCCUGUCUGCUUUCCAUCUUGGAUCCAUACUGUAUCAUUUUGGUCAAUUCAUAAAAAGCU